GCUGCCUUUAGCUCCGGGGGGAGGAGCUGUUUCUCAGCAGGAGGAGACGACAACCUCUCGGAAAGUUAAGGUGUUUCUCCUCCGGGUAAAUGAGGCUGCUCUCAUGUGAACUGAUGGGACAGAGGCGACGGAGGAAGUAAAGCGCUAAUUACCUCACAUUUCUCCAGUCUUCAGCCGUCAUUUGAAGCACUUUCUUUUUGAAGAGAACAGGACGCAGCUAGCAGCAGCAGCAGCGCCUCGCGGCUGAAAUUAAGGAAUCACUAUGUCUGAUGGGGACUAUGAUUACCUCAUCAAGUUCUUAGCCCUGGGAGACUCCGGAGUGGGGAAAACCAGCUUUUUGUACCAGUACACCGACGGCAAGUUUAACUCCAAGUUCAUCACUACAGUUGGAAUAGACUUCAGAGAAAAAAGAAAGGUGUACAAUCCAACAGGUCCAGAUGGAGCUUCAGGCAAAGGACAGAAGAUCCACUUACAGCUGUGGGACACUGCAGGACAGGAAAGGUUCCGGAGUUUGACAACAGCUUUUUUUCGAGAUGCGAUGGGUUUUCUUCUCCUGUUUGAUCUCACAAAUGAGCAAAGUUUCCUCAACGUCAGAAACUGGAUGAGUCAGUUACAGGUUCACGCAUACUGUGAAAAUCCAGAUGUGGUCCUGUGUGGCAACAAAUGCGACCUGUCGGAUCAGAGAGCUGUCAGUGAAAAAGAGGCUCGUGAACUGGCAGAAAAAUACGGAGUCCCCUACUUUGAGACGAGCGCUGCGAGUGGGCAGAACGUCAGCGAGGCCGUGGACGUCCUCCUGGAUCUCAUCAUGAAGAGGAUGGAACGGUGCGUCGACAAGUCCUGGAUCCCAGACGGGACGGUCCGUGCCAACGGUCCCUCCAACGCAAACCUCUCGGAGAGCUCCGAUAGAGGCAAAUGUGCGUGUUAGAGCGGAUUUUGUUUCAUGUCUGAUGGUAUUUGGAGGAAAAUAGGAAGGCGUCCAAGUAUAACCAGUGGGAGUUUAUUACAUUUAUGUUGAAGAAACGAAAAAAAUCUUUAUCGUCAUCGUUAUGUGUUCUCUGCUCCACAAACCUGUGUUACAGAUUUACUGAAAGUUUGUCAGUAAUGAGGUUUCUGAAUGGUUCAGUUUAACUGAGUUUGGUUUAUUUCAUGUGAUUCCAAACUCRCUUCAUUUCAUUAAUCAGCUGAAUGUGCUGAUUUCAUUUCAUAUAGAAACUAUCCAAAGAACAGAGAGCCUGCUGCGUGUUACAUGAGCUGUAAAUAUGUUCUCAGCAUUUAGGAUGUACUUUUAGGAACCUUUAGGUCACUUAAUGUAAAAACUUGCUGAAUGUCUUGUUAAAAACUGCAGCCCCACCAGAAAACUGUACCUCUUUUACUGUUAAUCCAGUGUUUUCUGGGGGAACACUUGCUUUUUUUCACUCUAAGUGCACUUUUGGCCAGUAGGUUACAAGAAAAGUGUUUUUUUUUUUUAUUAGAAAAGAAUAAAUUAUGAAAUGACUUGAAACACAAGAURCAUUUAAAUUUAUAAAUGACUUCCAUUUUUUCUUUCUAAAACAUUACCAAUUCCCUGGCUUUUUAAAUGCAGUGCCUUGUCUACAAARAAAAAGAGAUAAAAUAAUCCAUGUUGCCUUCUGAUCAAAUUAGCACUAAAACAACAGUUUUGCUUCCAUUGAAACAUCUCAAAUUGCAGACAUGAAAGAAUUUCAUCUCUCUCCUUUAUGUACCUUUUUUUGUUAAUUGCAAAGUUUACAGCACUCAAUUUUGUGCCAUCAUUUACCGUAGUUUAGCUGUUUUUGUUUAAUUGGAUGAUGAGACGUGACUURCUGGCUCCACAAAACUGGUUUUAUUUCCUAAACUGUUAUCAGAUAUAUUUCCUAUAAGGCUGCUGUGUUCAAUCAGUACAUAAUCUAAUAUAAACUAAGUUUGUUAAUCUGUAUGUGCUGGGUUACUGAAUAGGUUGGUUUCUAAAAGCUGAUAAGAGGUGGGGUUAUAAAUAAAUACAAAUGGGUCUGUAAGUGAUUGCUUUUAAUACAAGUACUUAUGAACACUGGAUUUAUGUAUCACUUAUUUGUUACAUUUAUUUUGUUAAACAUACUUCUUUCAAAACACGAUUAUAUUAUUUGAUUUUCCAGCCUUUAGUUCACAUCUUUAAAAAGCUGAGGUCAAUUAGAUUCCAUCACUUUAGUUUAUCGUGCUGUCACUUGUGCCAUGCUUUUUAUUAAAUGUUUAAAGAAUGUCCAAMAUAAACAUUCCUAUUUAUGUAUAACCUUGAAUCUGUGUUGUAUUUUAUGCCAUCAGGACUUGUUCACCAAGUUGAGUUUAUUCUUUUGUGAACAAUAUUGUUGGAACUGUUUKCCAAUAAAGAAACUUUAAUAA